CACGGAGGGUAGAGUAUAAGUCAGAAGAAUCACUCGAAGGUUUUAUGAUGUCCUCGCGGGUACUCCACACUCCAUACAUGAAGUAAAGGAAAAGAACUGGCGUCGAUGCAAUACAGUCCAUCUGUAGACUCGUCAUGCCGACUCUAUCAAAUGUCACAAACGCCUGGGGAAUCAUAUUCUGAUCUCGACCUGCUCCUGAGGCAUCAACCUCAGAUAAACGCAGUAGAUAUCAAAUUAAAACGGGGAAACACGGUGGUCUUCCCCCCCAGGCCCAACCCUACCGCCCAACCAGUCUUUCCCGCAAGGAAAAGUCCUUGUGGUCCAGCAUGGUCAGUCGGCCGGAGACAGUCGUUGGGACCACUGGCAAGCCCAGGACCGUGUCCGGCCUCCCUCUAGGGCCAGUGUAUUUGCUGUUCUACGUCAGUAUGGUUAGAGCUCGUAACUUCUUAGCUUCGUAACGUCGUAACGUCGUCC